AGAAACUGUGAAGAGCCAACGGGAAAACUCCGUACUUCAUCCUUUUUUUUUUGCUGUUGUUGUCUGUUGGCUUUUCAUCCCUUAUGCUCACGCCGGUGUUUGAGUGCAGCCAGGAAAAUGGCUUCGUUGUGGUGCGCCUUUUCCUGUCGGCCAUCUGCAAAGUAAUGGACGCCGCCUUCGACAUCAACGACAACCAAUUUACCUUCUACUGCUCCCCAUACUAUCUUCGCCUCCGCUUUGACCAGUGUCUGCAAGAAGGCAGGGGCGAGCGGGCGGCCUAUGAUUUAGAAAGCAACGUGCUGAUCGUGCACUUGCCGAAAGCAAACCCAUCCGAGGAGUUCACGAAGCUGGACAACCCGGCGUAUCUCAUCGCAACGGAGAAGCAGCGCAAGGAGCUCAUUCGCGUUCUCGACGGUGACGCGGCUGCGGAGCACAUUGCGGGAGAAGAGGUGGAGGAGACGGAGUACGUGCAGUCUCUCCAGGACGCCGGCAGUGAAUCUUCUCUGAAGCAGCAGCAGCAGCGGCACACUCUCGACGUGCUUGGGCAGGAAGGUUCUGCGGAGUGCGGCUAUGGCUUUGCGAACGCCUUCAGUGGUCUUUUCAGCAAGCUGGACAGCGAUGUGGUGCGGGAAGUGGUCAGCCUCCGCGCGAGCCCCGAGGAGACGACUCGCCAGGAGCGCCACCUGCUUCGCGUGGCGGAUGAAACGAAUGAUUUUGACGAAGAUGCCUUGUUGAUUGCCUUCGAGGACGAAGAGGGGGAGGUGGCGCAGGCGCUGCGCUACGUGCCGGCACACAUCUCUGACUUUCGCAACGCCCUGCAGGGCACCAGUUCCUCUCCAAACACCGCGGCAGCGGCCCCCGUUGUGUAUGUGAGCAUCCCAGGAGCAGGCACACAGCCCUCACGGUUCAGCGAUGCCCUAGAAGAGGAUGAGGCCACGCUGGUGGGCGGCGGCGGCGGCGAGGAUGGGAAGCCGGUGACGGUGUGGCACGGUAACAUCGCGGACUUCAAAAAGCCUUUAAUUGAGGAGAUUGACGCGGCAUCGAGUGAGGCGCCGUGUGUUGAUCUUCGCACGAAAGAAGCCGCAGCGGAUGCACCGUCUUCGUUGUUGUCGCCGUCUCAACCGUCAGCUGCGGUGCGGGCUGCCCUACAACGCACCCGUCUUGCCAUCCCAAAGGUGCGACCGGGGCUCCGCUUCACACCGGACGAGAACGCGGUGCUGCAGCGCUUAGCAAUGCCUCGUCUACUCUUCCCUCCCGCGCCGUCAGAGGUGGAGGCGUUGACGGUGGACGUCCUCUUCAGCGAGGCCUACGACGACUUGGUCACCGAGGGAGCGGGGUGCAGCGAGUCGCUCUGGAAUCUUGUGCAGCUGAGCCCCGCGCUGUCGUACCUUGACCCGGCGGACAACGUCUACGAUGCCUGUGUCGCUUUUGCGCGUCGUGCCCUCAUAUACCCGCUUUACCGCCACUGCGCGCUGCUGCAGCGUGUCUGGGCGAUUGUUGGGACUCGCCUGCUGCUCGGCAAGGCAUACACAGUCCGCGCGCUUCUGCGUGUGCGCACCAUCCUCUCGCACGCCGAGCACAAGCACCUUCUCUCGACGAUAUUUUUGGAUCCCCUCAUCGCCUACUGGAUGAACACUCCGGAUGCAGACGAACGGCUGAUGCGUGUGUCUCUUGAGAUCCACCAGCAUGUGUCGCGCACGGAGCCGAUCACCGUCUCGCUCUCGCACAGGCCCGGCGUCUCCGCGCUGCAUACCAUGUUGGACUCGGAGAAGAAGACGCUGAAUCCUCUCACGCUGCUCUACUUCGGCCUUCCGCUCACAGACGACGAGGAGGAGGUGUUGUGGCAGAAGGAGGGACAAGAGGGGGGUGGACAAUAA